CUUUUUUAUCACCAUCUAACGAAAUUGACUUUUUCGUUUUUCACUUGUAUUUAUUUUGGCGAUGUGAAACAUUGUUUUGUUUUGGUUUUCUUUACAUAACCGCUGCUGGUAUCAAAAUGCUUCAUUAAUAUCGCUAAGCUAUCAAAAAAUUCCAAAAAAAAAAACAAUCGAAAACUUGAUUGAAAGGUUUCAUUUAGCUUCUUGUGCGCGCUGCAACUACCGACAAAGAAUGGCUUUAUUAUCACGUUUGCCAUCAACACCAGGAUCGCCCAAAGCUUUGCUGCAUCUCCAGAACUGCAUCAGCUAUUUGUGGCCAUCGUUGCACAAGUCAACGCAAAUCGAUGCAAUUGAUUCCUUUACAAACGAGUUGGUUACCAAGAAAACAAAGAAAUGGGAAUCAUUGCGAGAGAAUUUAAUGAAGUCCGAUGGUCGUAGUUCACCAACACCGUCGUUUGGUCAGACAGUGGUGCUGGCCAAGAAGGGGGUCAUCCAGGAUCUGGAAUCUAUACGUUCACCGGAACUUGGCCUAGAUAUUCGUUCGUUGUCGCGGGCUCAGUUGGACAACCUACUGCUGUCAACUCUGCAAAUCAAGAAUAAAGUGGAUUUCUUGUACUUGAUCAAACAGUGCAUCGCUUGGAGAUUGCUUCCAUCGAAGGAUGUUCUCAUCGAGUGUCUGAAAUACCUUAGCACAUUGCGAAAGACCCAGCAAAUUGAAGAUUUUAUUGAAAUUUGUAAAUUACAAAAGAAUCCUCUACUCAAGAUCUAUGGUGGUCUGGCACCAUUUAAGGCUAUGGCCAUGUGGCGAAGCGGCAGCUCAGAGGGAGCCCUAAGAACUCUCGAACAAGGCUAUUCGAAUUGUAAAGAUGACGAAGGUCGUCGUAUGAUAAGAAUUGCUUUCAAAACCAUCUCCGAGGAGACCUUAGAAACCAAGAGCGAUGCCGUUCUCGUUGGUCUAACUAAGCUGGCUAAGAAAAUCUACGAAGAACAAAAAGAUAUCUUCGGAUUGGCGUGUGUUUGGAAGGCCUGCUUUGCGAGUGAAUGGUUUUCUGAUCAAAAAACAGCUGCUAAUUUAUUCGAGGAAUAUGAGGAACUACAUGGUUUGAUUGGGAGGCGGUCUCAAUCGUUGUGUUCUUCAUUUCUGAGGCAGAAAAAUGUUGAUGCUGUGCAUCGGUUAAUCGAAUUAUUUUUGCAAUACAAACAACAUGAGUCAUGUAGUAACUGUUUAAGUCUGUUGUUCAACUAUCAAUAUCAUCGCAACGAUCUUCGAGCAUGUGCUGAAAUUAUAAAGAGUUGCAGCGAACUCGAGAUGCCUCUGAAUGAGACUCAGAAUGAACAAUUCCUCAGUCUGUUUUUGAAUCAAUCAGCUGCACCGAAAAUCAACAACACCAAACAAUCAUCCGCUGCAAAUAAAUUUCAAUACAAAUUUUAAGUACCUUACUUUAAAAAACAACGUCCUAGAUCUGGUCAUUCGGAUAAAAGUUUAUAGUUUAACGUUUAUACAUAUAAAUCUAGCUAAAAUAUGUGUAUUAGGUUUAUGUUUAAAUUACACCGUAUUAAAAAGCUAUUCGUUGAUAAAGUGUUACAUUAUUUAUAUGAAUACUCAAGUAGAAGACAUCCUUUAAAAGUGAGGUUGUAAAUGUGAAAAUUUAUAAUGGCUAAGACAAAUGUUUGUCUAUAGAAAUGACUACGAUUGUCCUAAGAAAUCUGUAAGCUUAACUAAACUUUAUUAUUGAUAUCAAAGCACAAAAUGCAUGAACAAAUAAUAAAAGUCAUUAAUCCACAUGAACAAGAUUUCUUAUUGCUCUGUUUAGAAAAUGCACAAUGAUUAAGGAAUAAAUUUACUAAGAUUUGGAAACAAAUACUCAAACUUUUUUUUGAUGUUUCCUUUAUAAGUGUUCGAAAUUGCACAUAAAUAGAUACUUUUGUUGUCCAAGUCCACCAACAAACUGUUGGUUUCUGUCCAAAUAUUUUUUGUUUAGAUUUUAAGAGAUAUUUUUGAAAAUGUUUGCUGUUUUAAUAAAAAAUUAAUAUUGUUAAACUAUAA